UUUAACAGGAAGUCAUUUAGUCACGUGCUACAAUUUAAGCAGCAUUUGUCUCUUUUUGGCCUGUAUUCUCACAAAUUAGACCUACUUAAAGUAUGCCGAAUUGACAAUAGGUAGUUCUUCCUUGCAAUGUGUGGAUGGAUCUGCAGAUAACUAACACGGAUUACUUUUAAUAUGGAAGGAACAUUUAAAAUGAGUGAAUUCUCAGGCGGAUCCGGUGUUCUGCGGAGCCUAUUUUUUUUUGCAACGUUUUAAACUAAACUAUAAUGUUUCUACGCAUCGAGCCUCGCAGAUGAAGACAUCCUCUGAAAGUUUGCAGAGUGACCCGGUGAGAGGAUGGCCCUGUGGAGGAUGACCUGCCGGAGGACGGCGGCUGCCCUGCUGCUCUGCACCCUGCUGCUCAGCUAUGAGGUCAAGUGUCAAGAUGCAACAGAUGCACCUGGUGUAACAACAGACUUGAUCUUUGCGACAGAUGCAGCUACCCCCGCCACCUCCCCCUCUCCAGUAUCUGGAGUUGCUGUCACUGCUGCUGAUGGAGGUGCAACUCUUCCUUCUGCGAGCCAUCUUCCCACGUCUGCUCCUGGACACAAUCCAUUCCCAGCCACCAUCAUUUCUGUGGAUUCACUUGAUAAAAUACUGGGUGUAGCGACCGCGGCACCCACUCCUGCCCCCGACAUGGCGGGAAAAAACGCCCCAGAAGAACCCCCCAAACCUAAGAGGGCGGUGGUGCCGGACGUGGUGUGCGUCGGGAAAGAAGACGUUGCUGAGAGCAACGCAGUGAAGGUCUCCCUGUCCACUGACAACUGUGAAGAAACAAAGCGCAUCAUCCAGGAGAACCCUGCAGGCUGGUGCAGCAAAGACAGCUGUAACCUCAAAGUCUUCCAGGACGGAAACACAGUGCUGGUGUCCAGUGAGGACGCUAACCCGGCUACUCUGGCCGACGCCUUGAAGAACGAACACUUGAAAGAAAAGCUGGGAGUGACAAAGACGGAGACCCCCUCCUCGUCCGGGUCUUCGGUGUUUGUGGGGAUCCUGGUCAGCGGUCUGCUCGCCGCCGCUGCCAUCACUGUGGGGUACCUGAAGUGCCCCCGCAGGGGCGAGGCCAAGGGAGUCCGGCUGGCGGAGGAGGCGUACCCGGCGGAUCAGGAGAACCAGGGGAACACUCUGGCCUCUGUGGCGCCCCUGAACCCCCCUCCGGAGACCCCAGAGAAACCCAGCAUCAACGGAGAAACCCCCGAGGCCGAGAAGCCCGAACACCCCCUCGCACCCACCAACGGACACUCCACCACCAAGACUGCAGACACUGAGCUGUGAAACCACAACACACACACACACACACACACACACACACACACACACACACACACACACACACACACACACACACACACACACACACACACACACACACACACACACACACACACACACACACACACACACACACUUUCUGACCAUGCCAUAGAGAGUCCGCAGCAAACGUGGACGUCAGGGACACUUUCCUACAUCACCCCCUCCUCACCCCCCUCUGUGAGCCUGGUGAACAUCAGGAGAGGAAGUCUGAUGAUGAUGAUGAAGACGAUGACGAAGGCUCCGUCCCUGGUUGUUGACGCAGGCUGCAGAGGAUUGUGGGUGUGGAGAGAAGCUUUACUUGUUCCCAUGACGACUGCAGUGUCAACACCCUGCAGCAUGCACGGAUUACUGACGGACGCCAGGGGCCAACUUACUGAAUAAGAGACGAAGAAAAACAAAUACAGAACGACUGCAGAGACACAUCUGCAGAGACACUGAGAGACUUUAGAAAGGGGCUACACCACCGUGGGGACAAAUUAACAUCAAAACAGACACAACAUGAAUAUAAAGAGGAACAAAACAACCACAAAUAUGGAAAGCAUAGACAAAAAAAACAAUAUGAGGUUCAAUUAGACACCUCAAUGACCUCAAAGAGACUCAAAACUACACCAAAAAGUGGCUUAACAAUAUCAACAGAAUGAAACCAAAAAUGAUCACAGAGGAACAAAAUGACAAAAAAUGUAUCUCUAUAUUAUAAAUUGACGCUCAAAUUCUGACAAAAUGAGAUGCAAAAUGCCCAAUAUGAGACCAAAUAGUGAAAUAAAACUACAGAGACAGAAAACAAUUACCGAGAGAUGCAAACUGACUAUGAAGAGACAAAAUGACUACAAUAAGACACAGUAUGACUACAAACAAACACAAAACAUGUACAAAAAGACCUCAAAGACUCUCAAAACUACACCAAAAAGUGGCUUAACAUCAAGAGACAUAAAAUGAAACCAAAAUGAAAUAUAAAUUACAGAAUGACACUCAAAUCCUGACAACAUGAGAUGCAAAAUGACAAUUAUGAGACCAAUUAGUGAAAUUAAACUACAAAAAGACAGUCAUAAAUACAAAUAGCUACAAAUCAAUUUCCUGGGGAUGAAAAAUGACAACAAUUUGACAAAAUUCCCCAAAAAUUCACAAUAUCCCAUCAGAAACACUCAAAAUAACCAGUGUUUUUUCCAGGUGUGGCUUUCUGUCCCAUAAUCCGCCCUGCAGACCCUCUGCACGUCGUCACAUUCACCCACACACCCCGCCCAGUAGAAACCCGCUCCUCUGCAGCCCCGACAGAGGAAACAAACCACGCUGCCUUGAAAUCUGUUUACAACCUCAGAGAGAAACCUGAUGGUGUGUGAACGUGUGCUUUAGAUCCUGCAUGUGUGUGUUGCAUGUUCACCUGUCCAUGCAUCGAGGCUUCCCUUUGCUUUGCUGUAUCAUACGUGUGAAGAAUGAGUGUGCAUGUGACAUUAGCCAGUGUAAACUUUGUAAAAUAAGUUGUGAUCUCCUCUCUUUCUUCAUUAAUGACGCCUCGCUGCACAUUAUCCCGCUUAUUACACGGCUACGUACCAAAUAAACCAACAAUAUUAAUUGUAUUGAUUUAAAUUGAUCAUACCGCGUCCGCAAACAAAGAAUAAACAUUCAUAAAGACUUCCUGAUGCUUAAAAACGAGUAUUUGUUGUCCACAGCCGACCGGACUACUUUCUGUGGAUUGAUAUGACUGCACACAGCCUCCUUAGCAACCGUCUGUUCUCCUUAGCAACGUUCUGCUCUCUGCAUAGCAACGGAAUGUUCAAAUUGACCAAUCAGACUCCAGUAUUCAACCAAGCCCUGUAAUGAUUUGUAUACUCUGUCUGUACUCCAUUGAGCAGUGUGUGUAGUUGCUGUCUUGUUUUUUAAAACGUGUGUACCAACACUUGUAAGGUGCUCAAGUUGAAUUCAUGUAUUUUGUUGUGUACUAAAAUAUUUGGCACAUUUUUAUAAAACUUGAUCAGCUGCAGAAAAAUGUUCUUAUAAAUAAAUUCUUCUCAUUGCUAACUCCAGUAUGACUGUAAUAGCAGCCUGUUAUUUUAAACAUGAACAAAUAAAGAUGAAUCUCUUUUUAUGAA